ACUUGGUGGCAUACAUCCAGGCGCAUUUUAAUAAUUUUAAAUCUAUUUUAAAUUUGCCCUUUAAAUCCCAAAUAAAACGCAAUAAGUUAUAAAUAAACGUCGUUUUGGUAUACUUUGCACAAGUUAAUUUAUCUGAAAGGCAAAUUUUCGACGCUGUAAGUUGAAUACGUCACGUAUAACACAUGUGCGAUUUUUAAAAAUCGUACUUUCUCUUAAACUGUCAAACUUGCUGGCAGCAGACGUUCUUCGAAUUUAACCGUAAACUAAGUAAAAAACAAAACAAAAAAUGAAACACUCAACUGCUUCCGAUGUAUGGCUUGCCAAACCAAUCUACGAUGAUGCCGAAACCUCUUAUUACGAAGGAUUAGCCAAGGCCUCCAUAACUCCUUUGGCAAAUGAAGUAGCAAAAGCACGUCAACGACUAAUUGAAACUAGGGAUACUUUUGCUGGAGACAGUUCACUCAACUUGGGAGCAGUAAAACUUAUGGAAAAGAUGGGGGAAUAUGAAAAAGUUAUUACUCAAAUUUUGGACAGACUGUCUCUUUUGGAAAAACGUUGUGCCCAAAUGGAACAAACCGCUCCUAAAGCUGACUUACCAAAAGUUUCAACCAGCAAAAAUGUUCCAGUUGACUGCGAAUCGGAGGGUUCCGAUGUAGACCUAUUCGGUUCAGAUUCCGAUGGUGAAAAUGAUGAUGCGGCCAAACUCAGAGAAGAACGUCUUGCCGCUUAUGCAGCCAAAAAAUCAAAAAAACCCGCUCUGAUCGCAAAAUCCAACGUAAUCUUCGAUGUAAAACCGUGGGAUGAUGAGACUGACAUGAAAGCCAUGGAAGUAGAAGUAAAAAAAAUCACACAUGAUGGUCUUUUGUGGGGUUCCUCUAAACUUGUACCACUUGCCUAUGGUAUUCACAAGCUACAAAUCGCCACUGUCGUCGAAGAUGACAAAGUCUCCAUUGAUUGGCUACAAGAACAAAUCGAGUCCAUUGAAGAUUAUGUUCAAAGUGUCGAUAUUGCUGCUUUUAACAAAAUCUAAAUAUUUAUUGUCUUUGUAUUAAUUUUUGUCUUUUAUUUACACUGUAAUUAAUAAAGUCAUUUAUAACUGA